AAAUGAUGCAGAAAGAAUACAGGGAUUGAACCAACGAUGGAACACUAUGGUUGCUUGGUGGAUCUAUUAUGCCGAGCUGGGCAUGUGAAAGAGGCAAAGUAUGUGAUCAACACCAUGCCCAUGAAACCCAACAAAGUAAUGUGGAUGAGCUUACUUAGUGGUUCCCGAAUCCAAGGAAACCAAAAAGUUGGUGAAUAUGCGGCACAACAUUUGAUUGAAUUGGCUCCUGAGACUAUAGGAUGUUAUGUUGUUCUCUCGAAUAUAUAUGCUGCUGCAGGUAAGUGGGACAAAGUUUCACAAGUUAGAGAAAUGAUGAAGAAGAAAGGAAUUAGGAAAGAGCCUGGUUGUAGUUCGAUUGAGCAUAAAGGAAUGCUUCAUGAAUUUCUUGUGGGUGAUAAGUCACAUCCGCAGACGGAACAAAUUUACUCUAAGUUGACCGAAAUGAGAGAGAAAUUAAAAUUGGCAGGGCAUGUGCCUGAUACUUCCCAAGUUCUUCUCUGCAUUGAAGAGGAGGAAGAGAGGGAAACUGAAUUGGAGAACCAUAGUGAAAGACUGGCCAUUGCUUUUGGUCUCAUAAACGUAUACCCCGGAAGUCCAAUUCGCAUCAUGAAGAACCUUCGUGUUUGUAACGAUUGUCAUUCUAUAACUAAGCUACUUUCCUGUAUCUAUGAGCGAGAAAUCAUUGUGAGAGAUAAUAGCCGUUUCCAUCAUUUCAAAAGUGGAUCAUGUUCUUGCAAUGAUUUCUGGUGAUUAAGCCAUUUCCAUGUUAUUGAUCACUUGGGUAGCUUCUCUUGUAUUUUCA